AUGUUGAUCAAGGUAAGUGUCAAGCCAGUAUUACCCCAUCCUUCAUCAACAAUCUUCGUUUCCACUCCAGUGCUAAGUCAAAUCCAGACCAUCGCCAUCCUCUCUACCCUGGUAGCUGCUGCCAUUGCAAACCCCACGAUCGGUUACGCUGGCUACUUCUACACCAACUGCACCGCCCCUAGCAUCGAUGCCGCCAACGCAUACGCCGGUUCCUGUGUCAACGUCGAGGAUUUUCCCAUCAAAUCCUUUAGUGCCUAUAUUGAGUCUGGCUCCUGCACGGAUGGCACCUCAGCCGUGCUGAAUACAUACACUGCCUCUGGCUGUGACGACUCCACCCUAUACAGGACUGUUAGCGUCGAUGGCGACAAGCAGUGCUUUGAGGCCGAUGUCACUCUAUUUAGCUUGCAGGUCGAGUGCGUCUGA